GAAAUAGAAAUUAUUUAAAAAAAAAAAAUAAAAACAUCAUGGCCAAUAUGAAAACUCAACUAUUGCACAUGGACAAUCCGGUGCGAGCUGUUUUACAAUUUCUUUUGGAUCUAUUAAUAUUUUCAUUGAAAUCAAUUUUUUAUAUAUUGGAAUCAUUGUAUUACACCAUACUACCCGACCGUUUUCGUAAACUUAAGGAUGUUUCAGGUCAAGUUGUUUUAAUCACUGGAGGUGGAGGAGGAGUAGGACGUCUAAUAGCCCUAAAUUUUGCUAAAUUAAAUGCCCGCAUUGUGAUAUGGGACAUAAAUCAAGAAGCUAUAAAAACAACCAUCAAUCUGUUGGCCCAGAAUGGUCAUCACAAUUGCAAGGGCUAUGUUGUUGACAUUUCAAAUCGUGACGAAGUAUACGAGAGGGCAGCUCAAACAGUCAACGAAGUAGGCCACGUCGACAUUCUGGUCAAUAACGCCGGUAUUGUGUGUUGUAAGCCAUUUUGGGAUCUUCCAGAUCGUGUCAUUCAAAGUACAUACAACAUAAAUAUUAUAUCACACUAUUGGACUGUUAAGGCAUUCCUGCCACACAUGAUGCAACACAAUCGUGGCCACAUUGUUACCGUUGGCUCGGUGACCGGAAUGUUGGGCACCUAUGGCUGCUCUGAUUAUAGUGCAACAAAAUAUGCCUGCAUUGGUUUUCACGAGAGUCUUCUGACUGAUCUCAAGACCCAUGGUUACGACAGUAUCCAUAUGACAUUGAUAUGUCCGUAUUACAUAAAUACAGGUAUGUUUUCGGGUGUGCAACCACGUAUGUUUCCCAUGCUGGAGCCCCAAUAUGUGGCUGAUCAAAUAACGUCAGCCGUCCGUAAGAACGAAACGUGGUGUGUAUUGCCAAAUUCAAUACGUACAUUUACACCUCUGAAAUGUCUAUUACCGGCAAAAAUGUGUUGGGAACUGAUGUCUCGGGUUAUACGUGGACCCGAAUCGAUGAUGAUGUUUCAGGGUCGUGGUCGUGUAGCUGCUGGCUAAAAGCUAACUAAUUGAAAAUAUUUCUAGCUUUUAAUUACUUAUAUAGGUACUAUAUUUAACAUAAAUUUAUUUUUUAUGAUUACAUAUUUAAUAAAUUAUUUCGAUGCAAAAAUUGGAAAUUAUUCUAAAAACUGA